GAUCGCCGAUCGGGCGUCUCAACCCUCGUACGGUUCGGGCUCCAGGGACGCGUAUCAAUCAUGUCCUCUCGUUGACCUGUUGGAAUGGGAAGAAUAGGGUGAAGUGAUCAAGAUAUAAGCCAAUACAUUAUUACCUAGAGUCGGUAAAAUGGCGGAGAAAGGCCAAAAACGAUCCCUCAGCGACUCAGAAUCCUCUUCUGAUGAAGAUGAUGGAGAUCAGCCACCUUCCUUCUCCAUGGGAGGAUCAAUCAAGCGGCCACGCCUCAGCAUCGACGAGGAGGCCAAGACUGACUCAGAAGAGGAGAAUGGACCACGUGACUGGAAGAGCAACAGUGCCUCAAAGGACCAAAAUAAUGGCACAGGCAGCUUUGGCAGCAGCAGCUCAUACAGUAGUGCAGCACAACGCAUGAUGCAAAACAUGGGUUACCAGAAAGGGAAAGGUCUUGGUAAGUAUGGACAGGGUUUGGUGGACCCAGUAGAGGCCAGCAGACAGCGAGGACGGAGAGGUUUGGGUCUGCGCAUUGAAGGUUUGGAGGCCUCAAGCAACCUCAAGUGGGACAGCAGCCAGGAGCAUGUGCAAGUGGAGGAGGAGGUGCUGUGGCUCCCUCACUGCUCUGAUCCCGUGCCCGACUUUGAGACGCUCAUGUCAUGGGCUCAAGAAGGCCCAAGGAAAUUAGAGAUAUCUGAUGAAAUAUUGUUCUGUGAACCCAGGAUUCUGAAGGGUGUACUCCAUGGAAAGAGUGUGUUUGACCAGCUGGACAGCCGUGAGUUGCAAAGAAGUCGAUCCAGAAGCAAUCCUUUUGAAACCCUCGGAAAACUGUUCUUCCAAAAUAGAGCAGCUCUCAAGAUGGCCAACAUGGAUGCUGUGUUUGACUUUAUGUUCACCAAACCAAAAAAUGAAGCAGGGGAGCCACUUGUGGGUCCAGAUGACCUGCUGUACUUUGCUGACGUGUGUGCUGCUCCCGGAGGUUUCUCAGAAUAUGUUCUGUGGCGCCGCAAAACAGACUCCCAAGGCUUCUGUGAUGCCAAGGGGUUUGGCUUCACCCUGAGAGAGAAUGACUUUAAACUCCAUGACUUCUUUGCAGCACCUGCAGAAUUUUUUGAGCCUCAUUAUGGUAUAAAUGGCAUUGAUGGAGAUGGAGAUGUCUACAAGCCAGAAAAUAUUACAAACUUUGUUCAGUUUGUGCAAAAAACGACAGGCGGUCAUGGCAUCCACUUCAUGAUGGCUGACGGAGGCUUCAGUGUGGAGGGCCAGGAGAACAUUCAGGAGAUUCUCUCAAAGCAGCUCUAUCUCUGUCAGUUCUUGGUGGCUUUAGGAAUACUACGAGUGGAUGGUCAUUUUGUGUGCAAACUUUUUGAUGUGUUCACACCAUUCAGUGUUGGUUUGGUGUAUCUCAUGUACCGAUCCUUCAAGUAUGUCUCACUUCACAAGCCCAACACAAGCAGACCUGCCAACUCAGAAAGGUACAUAAUUUGUAAGUGGAAGAAGGAAGGCACAGAGGAUGUGUACAAGUACCUGUUUGAGAUGAAUGAGAGGCUCCAUGGUCUGGCCAACACCUCAAUGGACAUCAUGGAGCUGGUGCCGCUGGAGGACCUGAAGGCAGACCAGGAGUUUUUUGAUUACAUGUGCACAUCUAAUAAUGAAUUAGGGUUACGGCAGAUGAUCAGCCUGAAGAAGAUUCAGCAGUUCUGUCAGGACACUCAGCUUAUUGAGCCCCGCCAGUCUGAUCUACGUCUACAGUGCCUUGAGUUCUGGCAGCUCCCUGAUCGCUCCAGGACAGCUCCCCAGCGCUCUGAGGCCAAGGUCAAGUUUAUUGAACUGACCAAAGGAGAAAAUUAUGAAUACAUGUCAAGAGCCCCAGAAGACCUGGCAGUUGCCAAUCUUCAGGAGAAGUUACGCAGUCCCUAUGAUUUCCGCUUCUGCCUUUUGGCCUCAAAUCGAGAUGGCCGCAAGGACAGAGCAUUCUACCUGGGUCUCGGUGGAUGUAAUGUGUUUCGCUGGGAGGGCCGAGGAGUGGCCUCAUGGAUGAGGGUGGACACAAGGCUAGAGCUCCCACCUGACACUCUGGUGUAUGCUGAGCUGGUAACUGAGCACCGUGGUGAACACAAGGCACAGCGCAAGUUGACCACACUGCACUUGAUUGAUGGGCUUAUACUUAAUGGAAAAGAUAUAAGGACAUUACACAUAGUGGAGAGGCACACCUAUUUGCAAAAGUUUGCAAUGGCACUGAACAAGACAAGCCGGCCAGAUCUUGCCCCCAUCAGGUGCAAACAGCUGUACAGAUCUGAGGUCCUCCAUGAAGUACUUCGACCUCCAAGACUGAGUCACCGGCUGAUGAAAGGAGGCCCAGUGCCCAAACGAGUGUUUGUCCAAAUGGAGGCCAACACAGACAGGGAGGCCCACUACAUAGUGCCCACAGGGGUGCUCUUCCUCAAGUGUACUAAAGAUCCGUGGAUGAUGGCAUACAGCAAGAGUCAGAACCGGAAGUAUUGGUUCAACACCCUGACAAGGCACUCCACCUUUGAGUGCCAGCCAGAUGUCAUCGCUCCCUUCAGUUCAUCAUACUCGGGAGGAUCAGUGUGGUGGUGGGACCAGGGAGUGCAAAUACUGGAGUCAGACGAGGCCAUCAAAGGAAAGCUUCACUUCAGAGACGUCAUGAAGCACCUCAUGUCACUUCGCUGAGCUCACCAUUCAGUGUUUAUUCAUCGCUAAUCACUUCAUUCAUAUCACUGUUCAUCAACUACUAGGCAUUCUCCUUAGCAUCAUACACUCACUGCCCUACCAAGCUCAUUCUUCACACCAUCCACUCUCCAUUAAACACUAGGCUUUCUUUACACUAUAGGUAUAUGCACCCCUCCACCAAGAUUACUCUUCAAACUGCACUCACUACUCAGCCCAUCACACUAAAGACCUUCUUGAAGCAGGAACUUGUCACUUUCCUCCUGAUGUCACCAUGUAAUUAUAAGCAAUUCUUACUCAGCACCAGGAGUACAGAGUUUGAAAAUGAUAAAUUACCUGAGGGAGUUAGUAAAUGGUCAGCUUUGAGAUGCCACACAAGUUAGUUUAAAGCAAGUGCAACCGCUUUUAGAACCUUACUUUUGGUCUGCAAUCACUACAAAUCUAUUUAUUCUGAUGCCUCCACUCAGUGGCGGAUCUAGAAAAUAAUUUUUGGGGGGGGGCACUUUUUUUAUUUUUUAUAUACAUAUCAGUGACAGCUGUAACAAAAUUUUCAAUUAGAUCACCGUUGGUCAGCCCAUUCAGUCUCUCCUCACCCAUAGUUGACUGUCUGUAUGAUUUUAUAUGUUUAAGUGUAGAAAAACUUCGUUCAGCUGUAGCAGAUGGAAUGGGCAAAGUGGCAUAAAUAAGUAAUACUUUCUUUGUAACAGAAUAAUUUUGUGAGCACUGCUCAUUGUACCAAGUGCAGUAUUUGGUAAGGAGCUUUUAGGCACAGAAGACCAAUGUGAUCUCCACAUUCUGAAUUCAGUGACAUAAUCAUGUAAAUCAUCCAGGCCCAGAAUUGGAUCAUUUAAGAGGUGGUCUUUGUACAUAAAUAACGACCAGCCGCAGCUCUCUGAGCCUCUCUCACCCCUUGUCAAGUACCCGCCCGAUAAGCAUACUAGACAAGUCAGCGAGGCGAAACUCGCAGAGCGUGAAGAAAGUAUAGUGUAGAUACUUAUCUACUUAUCCUGGGGGAGUAUAUUAUUUA